AUGAGUACUACUUUUUCAUUAGGAGAUUAUGCAAAAACCAAUAUUCGUGAGGGAACCCGACAACGUUCCGAUGAUCUAAUUGUGGUUAUACCAGGACAAAAAUUAAAUCUUGAUAAUGAUGAUAUUAGAGGAAGUGGUAUUAUUGAUGUUAAUGGAAUUUCAGUUAGUACAGUAUGUGGAGUUUUAACUAAAGUUAACAAACUAAUAAAAGUAAAUCCAUAUGGUGGUGUUUACAAUGGUGAAGUUGGUGAUGUUGUUGUUGGGCGUGUUGUUGAAGUCCAACAAAGACGAUGGAAAUUAGAUAUUUCUUCAAGACAAGAAGCUUUGUUAAAUUUUACAAAUUUUCAAUUGCCAGGAAUAAAAAAUCAAAGAAGAAAUUUGAAUGAUGAACUGGCUUUACAGAGUUUAUUAGUACGUGGUGAUUUAAUUUCUGGUGAGAUACAUUCUAUAUAUCAGGAUGGAACAAUAUUACUUCAAACAAGGAGUAGUAAAUAUGGAAAACUUGGUAAAGGAAUAUUAGUAAAAGUUCCAUUUUAUCUUGUAACACGUUCAAAGACACAUUUAUUUAAACAUGAAAAGGGUGUGUCUUUUGUUUUUGGUUGUAAUGGAAAUAUAUGGGUAUAUCCUUAUGAUCCCAAAAAUAGUGAUCUUGCAAUUGGUUGGUCUUCAGAUCCUCAUAAUAAUGUACCACGGGAUUUGAUGCUUGAUACUAUUCGAUUUGCAAAUUGUGUUAGAAUUUUAGCUACUUAUCACUUAGAUAUUAAUGAUUGGACUGUAUCUAAAGCCUUUGAAUUGAGUCAAGGUUAUGAAUUAAAAGAUAUAUCUUUACCUCCAGUAAUUCAUAAUGUUGCUGUUAAAGUUUUGGAAGAAAUGAAAAAAAAUGGAAUGUUUAAUAAGUAA